CGAAGCGAACCAACGGCUACGUAACGAAAACCUCCAUAGUCGACCGCGCAGGCUGACGCGGUGCACGCCUUUGCGUCUUUAUUUAAAAAAAAAAACAAAACAAACCUUCGUCUCAACACUUUUUGAACAAUUCAAAUUAGGAAUGUGAUAACUUUAUUUUUUUAAAACAGCAAAAACUUUUUAGUGCCAUAUAGUGAUGUUUUAGAUUUAUAAAAAUGGGUGUUUUGUUAAAGUUUUUGGUUGUGACGGUCGUUUUGCCGUGUGUUUUGGGGCAGGAAGAGUGCUUUGGUGCCGGCAGUGUGGCUGGGGCUGCGAUUGGUGCAUUCAUAGCAGCGUUUAUUAUAAUUGUUGCCGCUUAUUACUUGAGGAAGUUGUAUUGGAAAUCCCGCAAAGGCAAACACCUAGUGUUCACAACAGACCCUGAAUCGGUGAAGGACGAAUUUGCGUUCGACAACCCUGGCUUCAGACAAGAAGAGAAGCAUUGGCAGAACGAAGCACCGACGCUGCCUCUGGGAGGCAAAGCUCACGCUCUACACGCGGAGUUUACUAAACCGGAGCAGAGUAAAGACGAUUCGCAUUUACAGAGAGCGCGGGUGCGGCGGGUGAAGCUAUGGGCGCGAGACUUCACCGGGCUGGGCCUGACGUGCGGCGGCGGCGCCAGGGACGGAGUCUGCGUGCACUCCGUGCUGAGGAGCGGCCCAGCCGCCGCGGCCAAACUGCAGCCGGGUGACAAAAUCAAAAGCAUAAAGAUAGAGUUCAACGGAACGCCGCUAGAGGACGCCGUGGCGAUUCUGUCGCUGGCGUCGCCUUACCCUGUGGAGUUAGCGGUGGUGGAGGGGGGGAGGGUGAGCGGCGACGGCUGGAGGGUGCACCAUCCCCUGAUGAAGAGGGCUGGCUCCACUGGCGACGUUAGCACGCUGGAAAAGGAAGGGAAACUCCUACAUCCUCCGAAAUCCCCCAAUACGUCCCAUUCGAACAAUUCUACAUUAGAAACAAAACAUGGAAAAGGUGGCAUAAAGAAGAUAAUAACAGAAAAGAUUAUUCCAACAACAUUAGAAAGAAAUAAGAAAGACAAAAAGGAACCCCCCUCGACUUUAGAAAGAGAGAAUGAAAAGAAUUUAAAGCUCGCAAACAAAAGACACUCAGAAAUUCCACCGGCGGUCAAUAAACCUGAUAGAAAUAAGAUCAGAAACUCUACAGGCAGCGAUAUUCAAAUAAUACAACCAGAAAACGGAAUAGGGCAUAACUUAGACCACGCGGAAGUUCAAAAGAGGGAAUACGAUCCAAAACGAGGUAUGAAAUUUGGUAUAAGAGUACUCCCGCCGAAUGUGCCUGAUGAUGGAGUAUUGAAGCAAAAGAGUAUUGAGAACGGCGCAGUGGUACUAGAAACAAAAGCGGUCGAUGAACCCGACAAACCAGAGCCACAAAGGCCAGCUCCAACAACACACAUUAAGCUUGAAAAUGAAACAGAAGUAAAGAAACCAGUAGUUGCUAAGCGAAGGGAAAAAAUGGCACCACCAAUACCAAAUGCAAGGGUAAAGACCAAUGAAUCUGAUACAAAUAUCAGCCAUGAAACCUCUAAAACAUCUGAAACAUCUGUAUCUUCGUCUUUCACUAGAACUGAUCUAAAUUCUAGUGGUAUAAAACGUGACGAAAAUGGUAUCCCUCAAGAGUUACCUCAGCACAUGUUUGAUGCAGCAAAAGCAGCAAGAAGUAAUAGAAAAAGUUCUGCAGAUUUGAUACAAGAGAAAGAUAAAGUAGAACAUAAAAAAGAAGAAGCGCCCAAACCUACAAAGAAGUCUAAGGGUAAAGCACCAUCCCCUCCGGAAAUAGAGAAGAAUAAGAGCGAUGACAGUAUUUUAGAACAAAUUAAUAAUAUGCAAGAUUUCUUAAAAAGUGAAAAGCACCACUCCAGUAUUUUACAUGAGACCUCUGUAGCAUCACCCAAAUCUACUCAUCAUACUUACAAUACUUCGACUCCAAAAGUAAAUAAAAUGAAAUCUCGUGUUGAAGAAUCUAUUAAUUUUAGUCAAGAUGACAUCGAUGACAUCGUUUCAAAGCCUUUUAAGAGAGAAAGUGACUCACUUAACAACUUCUUUGAAGAUUCUAAAUCUAAUCUCUCAUCUAAUCAAGAUGUGCACUCGGUGGUAUCAUUGAACAAUAGCGACAAAAGUGACAAUAGAUCUACCACUAUUGAAUUGAAUAAUAGUGACAUAACUAUUCAUAGUUCUCCAUUAAACGAAACAGUGUGUUCAGCUUCAGAUGAUACAUCAUUAUUAGAUGAAAAUGAACGAAAAGCCGCUUCACUUGGUGAUUUAUCAAGAUUUGAAUUAAGAGCUAAAACUAGUAAACCAUCCACAGGUACGUUAGAAAGAGCACAAAGUUUAGAUAUAUCUGCGGAUGAUGGAGAAAUACAAGAGAGUACACUUUCGCCCAAAAAGAGAAAAGCUAUGUCAGUAGUUGAGACAACAUUCUUCGAUUCUGGAACGGAAGACGUUUUGUCGGAUAUAAACUCUGACAGAGGUAUUGUCAUUAAACAAAAAGAACCUCGACUUAGCUUAAAUAUAGCGAAAACAUCUGCGAUAGAAGGACUUAACACUUUCCAAAGAAAUCGUCUUAAGAAGGGCUCAGAAUUUGGCAAUUUAGAAGAUGCUAUAGUCAAAGGAUCUAAUAGUUCUGUGGAAUCGGGUAAACUUGAUUCACAAGAGAUAAUUUACAGAAAAUCCCAAACAAACUUUGACUCAGCUCAAGAAAGUGAACAUGAGACCUCUGACCAUUUAGCAAGAAGAAUAAUGGAUGAAAAUAUGAAAGUUCAUUUGAAACUUGUGUCUGAGUUUGCGAAAUCGACAUCCGAUGGAAGCAAUAACAGUUCUCUAGAUAGCAGCCAAGAAAGAGAUACGGUGACAGAAGCAAAAACAACACCUGUAAAGUAUGAUGAGAAACUUUCUAUGACUUAUGAUACAAACAUUCCAGAUGAUAUGAAAGUGUCUCGUAGUUCAUAUGUUAAUAGUUUAGAAAGACCUAAAUCUGAAAUGAUGAAAAAGCUCUUAGCCAAGAACCCUAUUUUCAAUGUUCACGUCGAGCAAUCAACACAAAAGCAAGAAGCGUCGACAUCAAGUAAAGACGUACCCUCAAUGACUGAUUCUUUCAAGUCAGCUAAUCAGAUACAUCAACCAGACAUUGUUAACUUUGAUUUGAAAACAUCCUCAUCAACGACAGCACCAAAAACGAGAGACUAUGAUGAAUUUGUAAGUAACAUAAGAGUAGGUUCAAAUAAUAACAGUCUGAAAUUUAAUAAACCACCCCAAGAAUCAUUUUCAACCGAAUGGUCCGACUCUAAAAAUAGACAAGACAUUCAAAGUAGCAAUAUCGUCACAAUAUCUACAGAUGAAAAGAAUUUAGGAUCAGAUGUCAAACGCAAUUCAUAUACAAAGUCUAUAGAAAUAGGCGAAGCAAGUUUGAGAUUAGUUCCAGAUUUGGUUGAAGGCACAAAUAGUCGAACCGAAGGCAAAGAAACAAGAACUCUAUACAUGGAACCGGCAAACGUCUCACUGACAAUGAAACAAGAGCCCGUGCAAAAAACCGUUACGGUUAACGUGACAGAAGAUGAAUAUGGUAAUAAAGUGGUUACUCAAAAUGUUGAACAAAUAUCAACAAGAUACAUAACAAGCAAAAUGGAAGCUCCACUGCAGGUAGAGCAAGUCACUUUUGGAAUAAUGAAGGGCGGAGGUGCUAUAAAUGAGUUAGAGUUAGAAGAAGGCACCAAUGUAAAGGAUAUAGAUAAUAAAGUCCUUGAAGAAAUAAAGAGACAGAACCCUAACAUACACUUUACUACAACAGAACCGUCUUACACGAGAACAGAAACAAUUAUUUUAAAUACAUCAGACAUGGACGAAGAACAAGCUAAAGCGUUAAUGCAGAAAAUACAGAACGAUUCCAGUUUUAUGGCACAAAAGUCCAGCGAGGAGCUAUCCCGUAUGGGAAUAAGGGUGAUCCAAGAUUUAGAAGACAGAACUAGCACAAACCAAGACGCACUUGAGGUGACAAAAACGAGAUACUCCAUUAACCCUGCAACAAUAACAAGCGAAAACAAACGCGCUACAGAAUCUAAAGAGGACUCGCAAAAGGACCACAUAACAGAGAUUCAAGUGGUAACACCGAGAACUGAGAAACUAGAACAGCAGCAGCAAAAAUCAGAAUUUAACAAAGAUAAAAUAUCAAGCAGACAAAGAACGCCACCGGCAAUACAACAAUACGAAGAACCUUUAUUAACAUACGAGUUAGAUAUCGAACUGCUGAACGAUUUCAUAUCCAACGAGAGAUACCACUCAGCGAGACACCAAGCCGAAAUAAAGAAACGAACGAAUCAAACAAACGAACCAAAGAAACGACAUUCAGAUUUCGAUUUACCUAGAAACAGUCAUAUUAAAUUCCGAACAGCGACGUACGAAUCUCCGAAAGGGACUAUAGUGACGAGCACUGAUCUUGAAAACAGGAGACUUUCGCAGCUCGACCAGAUGCAGUUAAGGUCACCGUCCGAUCAGCCAGCAUUGAGCCAAAAGCCAGUAAUCUCCGCCAAACCUUCAAACAUCCCCGUAAAAAUGUCGGAGAAGAAACCUUUCACUGGUUUCGUUUCGUCCAAAAUUCCAGUGUUCGCCACACAAAAGUCGCUAAGUCAAGAGAAUCUAUCGGACAGAGGCUUUUCGCUGCCUCGAUCACCCCCUCCAACUUUGAGUGGUAGUUCUGGCAACAUAUCUGUCACUUCCAUUAAAAGUAGUUCCAGAAGUCCGAGCGGCGGUAGAUUAUAAUUUAUUCGUACUUAUUCUAUAGCCAGCGAGAAGCGAUACUGAAAUAUUUGAGCUAUUGUCGAAAUCGUCACUUGUCCCUGUACUUUGCACAACAAUGAGAGAGCAUGAUUCUUGUAUUAGACUAAAUAAAAAAUAGAGGGAAUGUAGGCUGUACCUUGUAGGGAUUUUUAGGACAAUCGUUUGGUAUAUUUUUGUUUCACUUUUCUUUGGCUGUUUUACAAAUUAAUUAUUGUUAUGAUUUUGAAGGAUUUACAGUAAUACAUGUAAUGUUAUUGGCGUAGUAAAAUAUUAAUAAGUCAUAUUGUUAUAAAAUUAGUUGUAAAACAUUUGAGAUUUUUAUUGAAUAAACUACGCAAGUGCCAGAUAAAAUGAACUAAAAAUGUUUGUUGAUGUCAAUGUACUAGAACUUUAAUAUUUCGAAAGUGAAUCGAAACGAAAUUAUGUGCCUUAUAAAUUUUAAAAUUCUUACAUAGUUAAAAUUGAGUAGAAAAAUAAUAUAGCUGUUUACGGUUGUGAAAGGAUGUAUAAUUUAUGGUAGCUUAGAUGGGUCACAAUUCGAUUUAUAGAAAAUAAUAAUUAAUAACAUACCUACUAACCGUUACUAAAACAAAGUCAUAUAUAAACACUGUUUAUUGUAUUUGUUUCUUACCAACAUUCCGUCCUAUAAGUAUUACCAUGUAACAUAAUAUAAUAUUUUAUUAUAGUUUUACAAAAUACUUUUAAGACAAAAAGCAGUAAAUAUGCAGCAGUUACUUAAGUGUACAAUAUUUAUUUAAUCAAAUACAAAUGUAUCACUUUUUCCGUAUUAAGUUUAAAAAGUGUCGUAUAGUCUUCCAUAUUUUUAAUAUUGGCAGCAUUGUGUUUUUAUAAUGCAGCUAAAUAAAAGACACCAUAAACAAAUUUUUAAUGGAGAUGAGAUUAUAUCUAUCAAUUGUGAUGAUUAAUAACAAUAUUUAAUUGUUUUUUUUUGCUAUGAUUGUAUCUUUUUUCAAUAGAUUAUAAUUUAACAUAUUUAAUGAGUAAAUGAUGAAAUAAAAUAUGAUAUCUUAUAGAUGUAGAAUAUAGACUACUGUACUUAGACUAAAGGAAAAGGAUAGGUGAAGUUAACGCAUUAUUCCAAGUAGUUAUAAUAUAUACACACUUUUAGUUUGGUAUUUCCGUAUCACUAUGCAAGUAGUCAAAACGCACCCAAUAAUAGUUUUGUAAAAUACUAUUAAAAAAAAAUAAUACACGUAUUUCAUAAAAUUUAUAACUUAAAACCAUUGGUUUCAAGAUAAUCAAGUUCUAGAAAUACAAGCUUUUCGCCGUCUAUUUUUCUCCUUUAGUCUGUGAUAUUAUUGUAAUAAUCGUAUGUAUACUGGUAUUAUUUGUGAUCGUGAUUGUUGUUUGUUUAUAAUAUUUUGUAUUAAAUGUUACAAUAGUGUAUUAUAAUUAAGUACGGAUAUUCGCGCAUUGAUUAACAAGUUAUCACAAUUUAUUAUACAAAAUGUAUUUUAUUGAUGUAUAUUAUAAAAUUAAAAAAAAAGACGAAUUUUAAAGUUA